AUGCUGCGACUGUUCUUUGACCUGGUGUGUCCCGAGGAUCAAGGACAACAGACAGAAUUUGUCCUAACCCACCCCGAUUAUGGUAUACAAAAUGUCAUGGUGUCCGAGGACGGUAGGCUGCUCGCCCUCAUUGAUUGGGACGGCGCCAGUGUCGCAGACAAUGAUCUAUAUGGCGCUUUGAUGGUGAACAUCUUUGCACACGAAUGA